AUGAAGAUCAAAGUUUUACGAGAUUUUAUUUUCAAUCUUACAUUUCUUUUAUUGCCUUUCGUUCGAAGUUUUGCGUACAAAAUCAGCCCAAAUACAUUUUAUGUUAAAUUCAAUUCCUCACCUUUCACUUCAUCAAUUGACCAUAUUGAAGCUCAACAUGUUACUUUUCAUAAAGAGUUAAAUAAACUUGGAAUUCAUGUCAAAAUUAAAGAUGUAUUUAAACGAUAUGCAAACGGGUUAAGUAUUGAAACCGAUGAACGACACUUAAAGAGAAUCUCUGAAAUUGAGCACGUUGAAGGCGUUGAACCUGUGAAAAUAUAUAGACGAAUUGAUCCAAUCAACUUUGAUCAUAAUGAAGCUUAUAAUCAAACAAUCUUAAUCGCUCCUAACAAUGAUAUCAAUUCUGUUCAUGAAGUUACUGGCGUUAAAAAAGUUCAUGAGGAAUUAAGACUCUCGGGAAAAGGUGUUAAAGUUGGAUUCAUUGAUUCUGGCAUUGAUUAUACACAUCCUGCUCUUGGAGGAUGUUUUGGACCAGGAUGCAGAGUAGCAUUUGGGUAUAAUUUUGUUGAUAAUAAUGAUGACCCUUACGAUAAUUGCAACGGACAUGGAACUCACGUAGCAGGAAUUGCUGGGGGCAUGGACCCAAGGGAUGACGGACCUGGAUUUGUAGGCGUAGCUCCUGACAUUAUCUUUGGUGCAUAUAGGAUAUAUUCUUGCGAUUCAUGUGAAAAUAACAAGUGUGCAAAUGAUGCUGAAGAAAUUAUCAUAAUGAAAGCUAUUAUAAAGGCCGUUGAUGAUGGAAUGAAAAUCAUAAAUUUGUCAUUGGGAAUUGAUGGCAACAAUAAAAACAUGCUUGCAACAUUGGUCAAUGAACUAACCAAAUAUAAAGGAAUAAUAUUUAUAGUAGCGUUAGGGAAUAAUGGUUUUGAUGGUUUAUUUACCGGUGGAUUGCCAGCGACGACUCACCAUACCAUUGGCGUUGGCUCAUUUGAAACGAAUAAAGUAUUGAAUUUUAAAGCUUUUGAUCCGAGAAAUCCAGAGUUUGUUAUCAGUUAUAUUUCAAAUAAUGCAACGGCAUUUCCUUUUGAAAAUGCUAAAAUUAAGUUAUUUCCAAUGGAUAAAUGUUUGAAUGAUUAUAAAGAAUUUGACAAUACAGUAAUCAUAGUUGACCUUAGAAAUGAAUUGAAAUGUCCAGAAUUAACAAUUCGUCUUGCCAAAAUAAAACCACUCGCAGUGUUAGAAUCCUUAGAUAAAUUUGGUGUUCAAUAUAAGCAAUUAACAUAUUUACCAACAAAGUACGGAGCGAUGAUUUAUUCACAACAAACCGACAUCUUAAUUAAAUAUCUUGAAGAAAACCCAAGUUUAGAAUUGGAUUUUUCUGAUAAGUACGGAUAUAUGGAAGAUCAUCCAUUUGCUGUCACUCCUUCUGUAUUUACAAGUUGGGGUUUAUCAAAUGAGUUAGAUAUCAAGCCCGAGGUUUGUGCACCCGGAGGAUUUAUGCUUUCGGCUUAUCCAGUUAAUAUUGAACCUUACCUGUUAAAUUCUGGAACAAGUAUGGCUGCACCGUAUAUAACAGGCGUAACAGCAUUAUAUUAUGAAGUAUUCGGGAAACUAAAGUCACCCGAAGAUAUAAAAACCGCACUCAUGAAUAAUGCCGUACCACUUAAAAGUCGUAAUAAAUUAUUGGCCUCGGUGCUUCAUCAGGGAGCAGGAUUUGUUAACGCCUUUAAUGCUUUGAUAUCAACCAGUUUUGUUCACCCACCAAAAAUUAAUUUGAAUGAUACUGUUCAUUUUAAUGGUUAUCACAAAUUAACUGUUUAUAAUUUUGGAAGGGGAGAGAUGAUAUAUGAUUUGUCACAUUUACCAGCUCCAUGCGUUGAUGGAUAUAAUAAUACUUUCAUAGGUAAUUUUUAUGGGUUGAACUUCACAAAUCAACAUGCUGAUGUUAAAUUUGACAAUGAUCAAAUUACCGUACCGCCUGGAUCAAGUGUUGAAAUCUCUAUUACUUUUGCUCCACCAAGAGAACUACCUAAAGAUGGACAUUGGUUUUAUAGUGGAUGGGUAGUGAUAACUCCUUUGGACGAGAGGAUGCCUUCAAUGACGGUUCCUUAUGCCGGGUUAGCUGAUGAUGCAAAAUCGCUUCCAAUAUUUCAAACUCCAAAAUUUCCUAAACUAGCUAAUUUGACUGAAAAUUACAUCACAAAUGAAGAUCCGGUUAAAUCAUUUUCCUUUAAUACAAGUAUUAGGUUAUUAAUUGAUAAACCAAUCGUGCACCUUGGACUUGCAACUCCUACAGAAAUGAUCGUUACUGAAAUACUUGACGCAAAUCAGGAGUUUUUAGGAUUUGUGAAGGAUUAUACUGGAAUUAAAAUUAUGAAAAAUCCGGUAGAAACAUCGAAUAAUUUGGUUUCAUGGAAUGGAAUUAUUUAUAAUAUAAAUGAUACGGGUACUCUCGCUCCUAACGGGGAAUACUUUAUUAGGAUUAAAGCGUUAAAAUUAUUUGGUGAUAAGAAUAACGAGAAGGAUUAUGAAUAUUGGAUUAGCCCCAAAUUUAGAGUUGAGAAGCCGAUCUUUACUAAUCCUUUGCAAUGA